ACUGGGGUCACAGACUUAGAAUAAGGAAUUGGCCAUUUAGGACUGAGAUAGACAUAUAGAACAGUACAGCACAGGAACAGACUCUUCAGCCCACGAUGUCUUCACCUCAACACAAUUCAAAUUAAACUAAAUCUAUUCGACCUGCACACAGUCCAUAUCCCUCCAUUCCCUGCUGAGAAGAAAUGUUUCUAACACUGAUAGAAAUCUUUGAAACUAUCUCGCCCAGAAGGCUGUGGAGGAUAAGUUGUUAAGUUCAUUAUAACAGGUAUUGAGAGAUUUCUGUACCUUUGGGGAAAUGGGGACAAGUGGAAGAUCAGCAUGAUUUUGAUGAAGUUUUUAAAUAGAAGUUAAUGCUGAUGGUGUAGACAAAGACGAGUGGGAAGAGCUGAUGCCGCACAGGACAACUAUCAUGGGUUUGUUGGGCCGAAUGGCCUGUAUCUGCCGCCACUCUGUCCAACGCCAGAACCUUUCUUCAGAGCUUAAAAUAUUACUGACUCCGCCCGGACCCUUCUGCAGCCGGACCGACCGGCUUUGUCCAAUCAGAGACAUCGCCUUGCCAGCUGCUGAUUGGACACUUUGUCCCCGCCGCGGCCCGCUCCCGCUUUCUGAUUGGUCAACAGCUGGAUCCAGUGCCACCAAUCGCCGCCAGCCGGCUGCAGGUCGGCCGCCGUCAGGUGUUUAUCUAACAUCCACAACCUCACUGGAAACUUGGAUAGAUUGGGAGACCUUGUGAGAUACCAUCAGCUGAAGCAAACCAGCAACUUCCGAACUUCUGCUCAGAUUGAAAUGGGCAGUCGAGACAGGAUUGAUAUAGGAUUAUGCAUGCUGGUAUAUUAAGAAUCUAUGACCAUGAAGAUGCAGGCUCUCAAUAGAUGAAAGCAACUGGGACUGGAUGUAGAAUGUGAUUUGAGCAGAGCAAAAUGGCAAAACGGAAGGCGGGGUGUGACAUAAUGGCGGCUGGAAAGAAUAUGAAGUAUGAUUCUCUGGUGCUUUUGUGCGAGUGGCGUUCGUGUGGAUUCACUGCAUAUGGAAUGGAAGAUUUCAGCGAUCACAUCGCAGGGCAUUUAAAGGAGCAUUUAAACGACCAAAUGCAGGGCGAUGAGAAUGAUAUUGAACCACAAGAGGAGCACCAGUGUCUAUGGGCCGACUGUGGGUACUACUCGGUGGAGAGUUCGACUGACGUGAUCCGACAUGUAUAUUUUCACGCCUACCACACGAAGCUUAAACACUGGGGUCUGCAGACCCUUCAGGCUCAGACUGAACUCGAACAUUGUUUAUUGGAUCGGCAGAGCCGUAAUAUCAUUCCAGAAAUUCCAGAGAGUUUUAUCUGUCUCUGGGGGCACUGUGAUAGCACUUUUGAGAAUCCAGAAUGGUUCUACAGACACGUGGACAUGCAUGGGAUGUGUUCAGAUCGUGAUGCAACCACAGACACUAAUAUUAUAAUUCCCUGCUGUUGGAAAGAUUGUGAAGCAACAUUCAAAGUGAAAUUUAAAUUACGAGAACAUUUGCGUAGUCACACUCAGGAGAAAGUAGUGGCAUGCCCAACUUGUGGAGGGAUGUUUGCCAGCAAUACCAAAUUCUUUGAUCACAUCCGCAGGCAGACAGCCACGGAGUACCAACGCUUUCAAUGCUCCCACUGCUCCAAGAGAUUCGCCACGGAGAGGCUACUCAGGGAUCACAUGCGGCAUCAUGUGAAUUAUUACAAGUGCCCAUUUUGCGAUAUGACCUGCCCAGCACCAUCUGCCUUGCGGAACCAUAUCAAGUUCCGCCAUAGUGACGAGAAACCAUUCAGAUGUGAAUACUGUGAAUACAGUUGCAAGAACUUGGUAGAUCUGAGGAAACAUUUGGACACCCACAGUGAGGAUCCGACCUAUCGCUGUGAGUUUGCAGGUUGUACAUUCAGCGCACGAUCCCAAUAUUCUAUCAAGUCCCACUACAGGAAGGUACAUGAGGGAGAUUUGGAACCCAGAUACAAGUGCCACGUUUGUGACAAAUGCUUCACCAGAGGUAACAAUCUGACUGUGCACCUCAGGAAGAAACAUCAGUUCAAGUGGCCUUCAGGUCACCCCCGGUUCAGAUACAAAGAGCAUGAAGAUGGCUACAUGCGACUGCAGUUAGUACGUUAUGAAAGCGUUGAACUGACUGAACAGCUAAUGAAAGACCGGGAAAAGCAUGAUGGUCGCUUAGACAGCAUAUCAGAGAGCUUGGUCUUGUCGGAAGCUAACCUACGAGGGAUUAUACUGGAGCCCGUGGAAGCAUCAAACAGCGAGGACCAAGGGGUGGAAAAGCACAGCCCUGACUCCUUGAACUGUUGUACAAAUGAAUGCACAGAUCACUGCAGUUAUGGUGACUGUGUUGACGGGGAACAUCCCCGUCAAUCACCAUCAGGCUCCUGCGACUCGAAUAAAAGCCCCAUCAUCCGAGUGGUCAAUCGGACAAACGAACAUGGAGAGAAUGAAACAGUUUACUAUGUUCUGACCAAUGCACCACAUAGCCCAGGGAACACUGAGCCGAUCACUAACAUGGAAACUGAGGGAACCACAAAUGACAACAUAGAAAAGACUGCAGAAGAAUUGGGCAUUGAAAUAAUUGGCUAGUACUAAUUAACCAAUGCAUUGCUAGUGUAUUUGUUUGAUAGCUGUUUUUGUCUUGUUCUGUAUAUUUGCUUCAAAAUUAGUCACAGGCUAUGUGAUGCAUUGUUGGUUGGCUGAUAUUGGCUGUAUUUAUAGACAUGUUUCUUUUUACUAUAGCCCCUUUUCUAUCUAAGAGUUUCAUUAUGUUGUAUCUCGUGCAUUGCCAGGAGCAAUACAGUUCCAGCUCUCAACUAUGCUACAAUCAUUAGCUCAAACAAAUCUAUUCAAAAUAGAUUUUGACUGAUGUACAGUGUCAAUACAAGUACAGUUUUCACCAGCAAUAUGAUUUUUAUCGUGUAAAAGUCUACUGGUGUUAAUUGAUUUUUGUAAGAUGCACUUUUUAUUUAGCACUGCAGUUCCUUAGUUGCAGGCAGUUCUAAAGUGACUCAUUGUUUUCCCAGGUGUAGAAAAUGCUGUAGGAAAUUCUCCCUUUCAUUGCCCUUGUGUCCAUUGUUGAUUUACACAAAUAGCAGAAUAUGGUACUGGAACUGAAUUUAUUGAAUCACUAAACUCUGCUCUCUGAUAAAGCAGGUUCCAUUUGUUCAACCUCAUGAUUGUUUCAUUAAUAAUGUACAGUCAGAACAAGUACCUGUACAAUAGAGGUGAUAUAGUACUGCUGAUUUUGUGGUGCACUCCUUUCUCACCCCCACCUUUUAUUCUUCCCUCUUCCCCCACCCCAUACCUCUCGUUAAAAGCAUGUCCAAAUCUGACUCCUUAGCCCAUUGCUAAGAUAUUAUGACCUUUGGGUUGCUGUUUAUUGUUUUUGAAUGCGGUUCUGCAACCUAUCAUUUUGAAUUUAAAUGUCUCUGUACUGCAAUCACCCACGAACAAAAGGGAUCAAAUACACUGAGGAAAACUUCAAAAUACACCAACCUUAAGAUGUCAAUACUUUGGUCCUGUUUGUUUUUUGUUCCUCUCCAUGUGUAAUGGUAUAUGUUUUAUAAUUUUGUUCUUUCCAGGUUCUUGCUGUUUGUCUUCAGUCGAGAACAUAAUGCACCUCACAGGCUAAUCUUGGUUGAGCAAUGUGAUUUAGUCUUUGACCCUCUGGCUUUGAUACAUCAUCUGUUUCAAACUUGCGGAUCCCAUAUACAUACAUCCAACAUCACUUUGACUAUGGAGAGAAUAGCAUUCUUCAGAAAAUGCAAAAACAAAAUGCUCUAAUAGUUAUAAACUUUUUGAGGUUUGUAGUUAAUUAGCUAAUGUGUGUUAGCAUAAUAUGAGCAAACCUACGUAAUUCUCUCCUAUUCACUUCUGUGGGCACUUUGUGACAUUUUUAAGAUUUGUUUUUCCCUUUCUGAAGAUUGUAGUUUUAAAGCUUAACUCACAUUAAUGUCGUCAUGUCUUAAUUAACUUCCCUGAAAGGCUAGAAGGUUUUUCUUUGUUGGGUAAUCCCUCAGGAUCAGAACAGUGGUGCUGCAAGUAGUACAGCUAUCCCACUGCUCCAGCGACCCGGUUUCAAUUCUGACCUCUGGUGCUAUCUACGUGGAGUUUUCACGUUCUCCCUGGGACUGAGUGGGUUUCCGCAGGGAGCUCCUGUUUCCUCCUGCAUCCCAAAGACAUGCUGUUAGGUGAAUUGAUGCUAUAAAUUGAUGCCAGUAUGGGAGGUGGCAGGAAAAUUACAGGAGUAUUAACAGGCCCGUGUGAGAGAAUAGAUUUAUAGAAAAUGGGGAUGCUGACAGAGAACCAGCAUAGAUUUGAGGGGCUAAAUGGCCUUGCAUGCUGUAAGAAAACUUAAUAUAAACUUGCUUUGGUUUUGUGGGUUCUGAGGUGGCUGAUGAGGAACUGCAGCCUCUUCCACAGAUGGAGCUAGGGGAUUGUUGACAGUGGUCUGGCAGAUGGUCUGUGAUUUACUUCCACUGCUUACACAGGGCUGUUUGAAUGCAAAGGGCUUCACGUUCUCAAUACCAUUCUAAAUGCUCCUUUGUGGCUUGAGGUUCCCAGGAGAAGGGGGAUGUUGCAAUAUUUUUAAGGCAGUUGCCAAUAUAACUGACAGAGUAACUAGGAUCCCAGUCCUUGGGAUGCUGGCGUUAGUUUGUUACCCAUCUUGUGAAUUUUGGAGCAUUUUGUAGAGACAGCAUUGGUGUUUUUCCAGCAACUUGAGAUACCUGCUAUAGGUAAUUCAAGUCUGAGCCAGGAUCACUGCUGCCUGAUAGAUGAUGAGUUUUGUGCCAGCUCUGAGGUACUGAUUUUCAAAUCCUUUUCCUCAAUCAACCAAAUUUUCACUUGGUCAUUGAUGACAGAAUUUUAUUAGCAAUGUGUCCCUUUGGCAACAGGCAGCACUCAAAGUAUGGAAAAUGAGACCCUGGAAAACAUGGGCCAUUGUGUGACCCUUUGUCAGAAGGCAGCAUGCUAUAGCACAGGCAGGUCGAGAAAGGACCUGGUUUUGUGAAUGUCGAGUAUAAGGCCCAUCCUCCUGUAUACUUCGGUGAAUGACUCACUGGCAUCUUGUAUCUGUCUCUGUGUGCAAAUCCGAUUGUCUACAUCUUGCAGCUCAGCUGCUGAGGUUUGGGUGACAUUGGUUCUGGAGUGCAGUCCCUGCGGUUUGAACAGUUUUCCAUUCAAACUAUAGUCAUACAGCACAGAAACAGGCCCUUUGGCCACAAUGUCUAACCUGACUGUUUUACCUGCAUUAGGUAUGUAUCCUUCUAUGCCUUACAUAUUCAAGGUUGUUGGAAUCAAAGGCUUUAGUGAGGUCAAUGAAGGCCACAUACACUGGCUGUGCUCCCUGUGUUUGUCUUGAAGUUGUAUUGUGGUGAUGGUCACUGUCUUUGAUUGGAAGAAAUCCACACUAAUUCUGGGAGCAGCUCUUUGAUUAAAUUGAAGGUGGUGGUUUGGGAGGUUCCUGGCAGUUACUUUCCCUGCAGGGAGACUCCUCUGUAGUUACCACAGUCAGACUUGCCUCCUGAAGAUGCAAUGUUCAAUCAACUCCAAGAGCCUUCACUUGGUAUUUCCCUCCAAAUCAGGGAAGCCGAUGAACUCGUACUGAUCAAACUGGCUUGACUAUGUAUCCCAAUCCACUUGAUCUGGGAGGAUUACAGAUCUGCAUUUCCCAUUGUGUGCACUAAAUAGGGUACUGGUGAUAAAGUAAUGGAAGGUGAUAUGAGACCUUCAAGCAAACUUUCUUGGGCUGAGAAAAGCUUGCAUUGAUUGCCCUGAAGAAGACCUGUAGUCUGUGUGGAAGGGGCAUCUACAGAGUUCCAGUGAUGGUGAAGAUAAGGUAAAACAUUUCCAAGUGCAGGACAAAGUGUUAACAUUGAAGGAAACUAUAUGGCGUUCUCAUGUAGCAGAAAAUCUUGUCCUUUUUGGUAGAGAUGUUACUGAAGAAGCUUUGAAUUUCUACAGUGCAUCUUACAUCCACACUGCACUUUUGGAGGAAAGCCCAUUCAAAUGGGACUCUUUGUUCUGGACGUUCUCAAACUUUUUUGUGGAGUUGUAUUCACCCACAGCAAUGGAAAGCAAUGUAUUAAUUUUCCUUUAAUGGGGAGAGAUAUAAGCCAAUAUGUGAACAUUGUGCAAGGCUGCAACCAGAUUCUCAAUACACAUUUCAAUUUUUGAGAAGCACUCACAAUGAAACUUAGAAAUUGCAGCCUGGAUAUCUUGCUAUGUCUCUGCUGAUGGUUCAGUAUGAUGGGCAGAGAUGGGGAGGAAUGUUGCUCAGAGCCAGGUCCACUUUGUUUCAGCCUAUUUUUGGCAUCUUAUUCCCUGCAAGCAAGGCUUUGCUUUGCAUUGCCAUGUAGGCAUGACUGCAAUCUCUAAAUUGCAAAUGAACCCAGAAAAUUCUGUGUUUGUUUCUUGGUACAGCAGCACCUUUGGAACAAGGGAAUAGUGGGAUGAAGGUUGCAAAUCUUAACACAAUUUACCUGGUCCAUUUUGCAUGCAGCCUGAAGAAUGCCAGUGAUGUGUGAUACUAUGACAUGCUGCAGCAAAGCUCUGCCCUCACUCCCACCAGAGUUUAGGAAGCUCUUCUAAAAUAAUCCUGAAAGUCCUGGGGCAUCAGGUUGAAGUGCUGAAUAUAAUACAUGGGCUUCAGUAAAGCUUUCGACAUGGUAGGCUGAUCCAGAAGAUUUAGGCACAUGGGAUCCAUGGAGACUUGGUAGUUUAGACUCAAAAUUGGCUUGACUAUAGAAAACAGAGGGUAGUGGUAGUUAGGAACGUUGAUAUACAGAGGGAUCUUAGGUGCAUGUCCCUAACUCCCUGAAAGUAGCAACAUGGGUGGGUAGGGUGGUAAAGAAGUCGUAUGGCAUACUUGCCUUCAACAUUCGGGGCUGUUCAGUAUAAAAGUCGGGAACUUGUGUUGCAGCUGUAUAAAGCUUUGGCUAGGCCACACUUGGAGUAUUGUGUGCAUUUCUGGUUGCUGCAUUAUAGGAAGGAUGUGGAGGCUAAGGAGAAGGUGCAGAAGAGGUUCACCAGGAUUUUGCCUGGAUUAGAGAGUAUGAGCUGUAGAGAGAAUUUGGAAAAACCUGUAUUGUCCAACCUUUCCUUACAGACACCAUGGGCUGAAGUGUCUAUUCUUUGCUGUACUGUUCUAUGUGCCUGAACUCAAGGUCUGCUGAAUAUCAAAGCUUGUAUAUUAGCUUGAUUUUUGUUUUCCUAUUGUUUACUGAUGGAAGUGUCACAAAUUGUGCAGCAUCUUGUUUUGUUGAAUCUUUGCUUUCUGAUGUAACUAUUCCUUGUGACUCUGUGACUGGGCUGGAGACUAUUAUUAGAGUAACUCUAGAAUUAUUAAACUUCUAGGCACAGCAGCAACAGGGCUUGUAGCUGUUGCAGCUUAAACUCCUUACUAAAGACAUAUGUCUUAAUUAUGGAUUUGCAUUACACAAAUUAGCAUGGACUUGACCAAUCUGCUGUGUUAGCUAAGGGAUUUCUCUUGUGGAAGGAGUGAAAUGGUUUUGAGGGAUGAGUUGCACCUUGUGUCACUUUUUUGUUUAAUCAGUUAAGGAAACCUGAAAAGUAAAAAAGAGAGGCUUGAACAUAGUAAAAAAGAAAUGUGCUGUAAGACUCUCAAAGUACAUAUAAUUUAGAAUUUCCAAUGUAUUAUUGCUCAGUGUUCAGAAGAAAAAACUAUUUCUACUUGUGUUUCAGACUGCCGCAGUCAAGCUUGGCUAAUCCAAAUGCAUCACAUAUUGCAGACUUAGUCAUCCCCCUGUUGGUUUUCUUUUGGCAGAAGAUUUGGCAGCACAUUUGUUGGAUCUUCAGUUCAGCAUUGCAAAUGCCAUGAUGCUGAAGUAUUCAAACACUUUAAGGCUUUCAUCUGAGCAGGGCUAUAUUAAAAUGGGUGUCCUUAAAUAUUGACUGGAAUAGAACAAUAAAAUAUGAGGAUGUAAGUAUCCUCUUAAUCCAGAAUCAUUCUGUGUCUAUGCCUUGUCAAAAGUUUUGCAAGGCCUUGCUUGUAUAAAUAAGGUGCCCUAAUCUCUACUGUUGCAUUGGCUGUAAAUUGUUUUGAUUGUAAAUGCAGAGCAGGGUGCCUUGUAUUGUGCAUGAUGUGGUAAUUGGGGAAUAAAUUAGUGGACAUUUUUAAAAAAGACAAUUCACUGCUAUGUGGCUAAUUCCAACCUUGGACUGAUGUACUUCAGGCUGAAAGUUAAUUAUAGAACUUGUUUGUUUCUAUUGCUGUACUCAGUGGUCCUUAAGGAAUUUUCUUAAGGGAAUCUUUACUGUCCAUGUGAGAAUUGGGUAUGAUGUGCACUUAUUUCUAACAUUACUGCACAGUUUUGUUUACUGUAUAAUCAACCCAGCAUUCAUUCAUUAUGAACAAGCCAGUAAGAAUGACAUAGUUUUUUAAAAAAUCCUUUACUCUCCAUAUAUUGUC